CCAUAGUACUCUGUGCAAGAAGCCCGGAGUCUGUGUCAUAUAUUAAUGUAUUUUGACUGUAUUAUCUAUGGUGUCAAAGUUGUGGAUGUGAUUGUGAUUAUUUACGGCAAUUUAUGCUCGAAAUAUAUUACGAAGAAAUCUAAUGGAAGAUGUUUAAAUAUUACCUACCGUACUAUCAAAAUAACAAAAUGCCUGCCGUAACGUCCACAACAGCUGAAGAUCAAAAUGAUGCUGAUCAAAAAAUGUGGAGUGCUCUUAAGAAGUAUAUUAUACGCGAAAGACAAAGAAAAAAAGAAGAAUAUGAAGCGGAGGUCGAAGAGGAAAGAGCGAGGAAAGAACGAGAAGCUAGAGAAAGACAAGAUGUGAUGACGCUAGAAGAAACAAAAGAGCAAAUUGAGCAAUUAGAACAGAAGCUAAAACAGUUAGAGAAGGAAAAGCAGCAAUUGUUCAUGCAACUUAAAAGAGUACUUAAUGAAGAUGAAAUCAGAAAGAGACAGCAACAAAAAGAAACAAAUGAAAUGCAACCAAUGAAGAUGCCAAUGGGUAACAUCCAGAUUCCCAUGUUUUCCGUUCCAACGUCAAUGGGUCAAGGAGAGCCACCUCCCUCACAAGGCAGAGCUCAACCAUUAUCAACACACAUAAUGAACAAAAGUAAGCACUCAAACUACAUGUUGUUUUCACAACAGCAGAGCUUAGUGAGGCCGAUACAGUCGAAUGUAAAACGACCUAGAAGUCCGUCACCAACGUAUGCUCUGUACGCACAUAGAUUACAUCAACCUCCAAUGAAACAUCAAGCUGUAUAUUCUGAUCACAAAGUAGAGGAUGGUCGUAUGGGCCGCCAAAUGGCGCGCGCAGUUCUUUGGACCAAGUCACCACAAUACGCGUCAAACGUCAGCGGAUCGGGGGUGUCGUCGGGGUACUACGCGAUGCCGACAUCUGGUGUAGUGGGGGUAGUCGCAGAACGCCCCCCACCCCUUCUAUACGCACACCAUGGACAUACGCCACACGCACACACCCCCCAUACGCCACAUACGCCCCACCAACCCCAUCAACCACAUCAACCCCACCAUACUAACCUUAUGUAUGCCCCUGCUCAACCACAACUAUAUCUCGACAUGUUGAAAAACAGAGAUGGCCAGCAACAUCCUGAACCGAAGAAAGAGGCGCAGCCACAGGUUUUAAUCGGUCUGAGUGAGGGUCACCACCCAGUGGUCAGCAGUGGGGUCGCUUAUGCCCAACCACCACCAUCCAGUCGCCACCUCGCCAUACAUCCAGCGCCUCAGCACGGAAAUAUGCAGAAUACGAAGCCAGGCAGUAUCACCCAAGGUUACCCCGUGCAACAGUCAAACCCCAAUGUACAAAAUCCCAAUAUAUACCCCAACAGACACCGCUAUUAGCUAAUGAUCUUACGGCGACACACCAGCGUACAGUCUCAUCAGUCAAAUGUUAUCACACAUACUCGAUUAUAUAAAGCUUAGUUACGCAGAGACGAAUUUUGGGUAUCUUUGGUGGAAAGACUGGCAUUUAGUUGGGUAAUCAUGUGGUCGUACAAUGAUUGGUCAGUCGUACUUCUUACUGUAACUCUACCUCUAAAGAAAGGGUAUAUAUUUGUUGAAAAUAUCCUCAAGAUUAUUCGACGCUGUUGAAAAAAAUUCUUAGGGGUUUUCUAUAUAUCGCUUAGUGUUUCAAAGCACUAUCAGAUACAGAAAAACCUUACAUUAUACCUACACCUUAAAUUAGACAUAUUCCACUUACGGCUUCAUAUAACUUAUUCAUCGAAUUAUAAAAGCACUAGCAGAGCCCUGAAGUAUAAACGAAUUCAAAUAUUUUUAAACCAUUACAAGUUGCACAACUUAGGCGACUCAUACCUACGCGCCGUGCGACGUGGCGCCGUUGCAUUUGAUUUUACACUAUUUCCUAAAUUAUUUGUCCAAAUUAAAAGCUUUAAAAGAUAAAGUUUAUCUUCACAAAAUUGUUUUUUUAAUAAAGUAUUUUUCAUUCGCAACGAUUUAUAUGCUUGGCUAUACUGCUGCAAUAAAACCCAUC